CCGAACACAGCGUUUCAUUCUUGUCCACAUCCAAUGAAAAAGGGGAUGUGAUGGAGGAGGGAUAUGGCCACUGCCGCUAAUGUAACCCUAUAAUCCAGCAGCGGCACAGCGCGUAGGAACGGGGAUCGCAUAUAGAUUUAUCAUGGGACCGUAGUCUUUCGUUUUUCCUACAAGCAACAAAAUCAGGAUUUUAAACACAUUGUCACCUCAGUCAAGAUGUGCUUAAAUCACCACGCCGCCAAAUAAAGCUAAAAGUCCCUCCUGUGCAGUGGCCUGGCCGUCAGGCUUGGGCCAGAGUCCAGUGUGAGCGGCGGGAGAUGAUGGAAGGGGCCCGACCCCCGCAGCUGGAGUGCCCCAUGUGGUGUGUGCUGUGCCAGGGGGGGCAGGCCUGGCUGCAGCAGGUGCGCCGGUGGGCGGCUGAAGUCCUCUGGCUGCCGACGGGCUCUCUGGGCUUCAGGCUCCCCCAGCUCUUCGAUAUCCACCAGGUUCCGAGGGUAUACCAAGAGGAAGGCAUCAUAUCCGGGUACCGCCACCCCCGCAGCUCGGCGCUGGACUGCGUCCUCAGCAGCUUCCAGAUGACCAACGAGACCGUCAACAUCUGGACCCAUUUCCUGGCCACUUGGUACUUCCUGUGGCGCUUCAGCAUGCUCUGCGGCUCUCUGGACUUCCUGUCGGAGAGCUACACCUGGCCCCUGCUGGUCUACAUGCUGCUGAUCUGCCUGUAUCCCUUCACCUCCAGCUGUGCCCACACCUUCAGCACCAUGUCCCCCGAGUCGCGCCACAUCUGCUACUUCUUUGACUAUGGCGCCAUCAGCCUCUACAGCCUGGGUUGUGCCAUUACUUAUGGAUCUUAUGUGAUGCCCGAUUGCUGGGUGAACACCUGGCUGCAUGAGUACUUUGUAGCUUUGGCUGUUGGGAACACACUGGUGUGCACUGGACUGUCCUGCUAUUCCAGGCUCCUUGAGAUGGAGUUUCCCCGCAAGAGUAAGAUCUUGAGGACGGCAGCUUUUGUUUAUCCCUUUAUCUUCGACAAUAUCCCCCUCUUUCACAGACUGCUGCUGUGCUGUGGAGAUAGCUUUAGCCACAACGAGGCCUCGUCCAGCCACUGUUACCACCUGAUCUUCGCCUUUCUCACCUGCUUCCUGUUCACAUCACACCUCCCCGAGAGACUGGCCCCAGGACACUUCGAUUUCAUCGGCCACAGUCACCAGCUCUUCCAUAUCUGUGCUGUAGUGGGCACACACUUUCAGAUGGAGGCGCUGUUGGCAGACAUGACGUCACGCAGCGCCUGGCUGAUGGUCAACACCGCUGUUCCGUCGCUCCUGGGCACCAUAGGGGCCCUGGUCCUGGGCGUCCUGCUCAACCUUGGCAUCAUUGCCGUGUUCAGCGCUGCUCUGCUCAGGGUGCCGGGUCGCAGGCCUGCCAGUCACGCUGUCGCCGCCCAAGGCUGCCCUGAGCUCAAGGAAUAAUGAAGGUGCUCAUGUCACGCGUUAAUCACAUGCUCAGUAGUGUGUUUGACAUGCUCGUGUAAACACCUCACUCAACCUCUGACGGUGACCUUCAGAGACCUCUGGAAUUUAAACUCUUCUGUCAGCCUCAAUACCCUGUGCAGUUUGCCCUGGGUGAUUUUUAAACACUAGCAUGCUAAAACUUUUAUUUAGGUUUUAUUAUGCACUAAGAUUAAGACCCAGCUAUAAUCAAAAUGGCCACCCCUAGAAUCCUGACAUGCAGGUAAUUUAGGAAGUAUUAUCAUUUUUUCUGAGAUGUAUAUGAAGUCAGAGAUGGACAUGAAGUCACAAAGUACAAAAUAUCUGGCAAAGCUAAAAUCAUGGUAUGACCCAAUUAUGCAAAAAUCAGUUAAAUUUUACUUACGAUCUAUUAAUUGUUGUACUCAUGUUACAUUUGUUUAUUUCUUAGGCCAAUACUAAUCAAACUACGAAAGAGAGCUGUCAGUAAAAUGAUUUUCAAUAUAUAAAUCUCAGCCGUACCCAGAUAUAGGAUUUCCCUCAGCACUAACUGUGCACGAUAACAAUCUUUAACAUUCUGUGUAUUUAGUUCAGUGCCUAAUUGUGUGGUGGAGUCACCUUCUCAGUUAUUCCCUAAAGUUCACUAACAUUAACUAAGGUUUCUUUUUUUUUUUAACUAAGUAAAUAUAUAUAUUUUUGAAAAGGUGCUUUCAUUUUUGACAUUAUGUCAAUGGUAGAUCAAAAGUACAUUUUUAGUUCUCAUUCCAGAGCACUGGAAAAAGAACUACCAAAGAGUGCGGAUUAGUGUGUUUACAGACAAGUGCCAAUCUGUAAGUUAAAAAGGACCACAUCUUAAUGGCUUUGCAAACUUUAAAACUGGAGAUAUUUAGUUUUAUCCUAUUCGUUAGGAGCAUUUUUAGCAUUCUUAAUUUUUUAACAAACCAAUUAAUAAGAACAAAAUGAUAAUUUUGCACUAAAAUAAUGGAACAGCCACAUGAGUUAGUUGGUGUGUAUGAUCACCUUAAAAAGAAUAUGUAAUUAGAAAUAUAUAAGCAUAGAUCUAAGGUUUUCAGAAACACAUUUUGCACACUGAAAACAAAUAAAAGAUGCAUUGUUAAAAUGUGUUGAAUAGGUAACGAAACUUUCUAGAAUAGUCCUUAUGUCCGCAGGUAGAGUAUGCAGUUGUCUUUUCAUAACUGUGAUAAUGAGAAAUAUUGUGUUAAGUGCAGUUAUGUCUCUCAGACACAUGAAAUUUGGCCGAUUUGCUUCCUGAGAUUUGGUUUGAAUUAUGUGUAAGUGCCUUCGUCAAAAUUGCCUUGCCCACUUUUUUAAAGCAUUUUUCCCUGAGUUUUAGUCAUGUGGAGUAGUGAGCUAUCAAAAAGAUUAAUGGAUCAGGAAGGUAGGGUAAGUGACAUCAUGGUUAGUGGGAGAGAUGUGUAGCGCACUUGAGGAAAGUCCUGAGUUUUACGUGGGACUUCAAUAGAGAUCAUGCAGCAGAUUUUACAAAAUAAAGCAAAGCUUUACCGUAUGAGAAAUGCGAGAUGGUCAGUGAAAGUCGUGCUCCGGAAAGAAGGACGACUGCAUUUAUUUCUUUAUUUAUUACGUUCAGAAAAAAGUAAUGGUAAGCUACAACUGUUACCACUUCUUUCUGUUUCCUUGAAUAGAGUUGAUAUCGCUGUAGUUUUUAAGCCUUAAAUUCAUUAACCAGUGGAUUAUCCAUAGUGUGUGAUUGAGACAGAAACCAACACACGCUAACGCUUAACUGGUCCAAAUGACAGUUACCUCAACCUGAUUGCCUAUUUCAUGUUUCUAGCUGGUCGCAUCUCCUAACCUUGCUGAUAAAAGUAUGCAGAUCAGUUUUCUGUUUGCAUGUAAAACUGUGUGAAACCCAACCCCUUAGAGGAAAUUUCAUGGGGCUCCUAUAGCCUCAUGACUAGCAAUCUAAAAGGACAACGGCUGCUUGGAAGUCCUAUGAAUCCCAAAAACACUGAGCAUGAUGAAAGUUCAUGCUCAUUAUUGCACAUUGUUAAGAAUUUAAGAAUUUAAUACUAAUAACUUUGUGAUACUUAUCUAUAAUCGGUGUGAAACCCUUUUUCAACAGUAUCUGUUGAUUUAUGUGACUAUUUCAAAGUCGGACAUGCCAUAUUUGUGAAAACAGUAGGAGAUAAACCUUCCGUUGCCUUCGAUGUGGUUGCUUUCACGUUACAUUGCCGAUAAUAAGCUACAGGACUUCAAUUCCACAUCCAGCCGACUGAGGUCAUCGGCAAACAGCGCGGACCUGCACAGUAAAUUCAGCGGUCUAUUUGAGCUUAUACAGACUCUCAAAGGGCUGAUUUAAGCCUGUUGGUUUUGCUGUAUACAGGAUCUAGAGUGUUGUUUGAAAUUUACAUCUACAGAAAUUUUGAAUGCAUCAAAUUGAAUAUUAGAGAUUUAUAACUUUAGAACUAUGUAGAAAAAGAUUUUUUUUAGUUAAUCAAGGUGCUUUCCACUGGAUUUUGAAGUGUUUUUUUUAUUCAUGCUUAAAUUUUAGUUCUUUGUCCUUCAAAAGGGCACAAGAUAUUUUGAACAACUGUUCACUUUGAAUUGUUGAGUUAACUUGUUUACUUGGGAAAAUAUUCUGUUUAACAUUUAUAUUUACUACAUAAAGCAACAAAGUUAUACAGUGUUUUUGGAAUAAAAAUGACUGACUACAUUCUU